AUGUCAACGAACAUUACUUUCCAUCCAGGAUCCGUUGAUGCCCAAGAACGCGUUGACUUGCUUCAACAGACGGGCGUCACUAUUUGGCUGACUGGACUCAGUGCUAGUGGGAAGUCGACGAUAGCAUGUGCUCUCGAGCAACAUCUACUCCACCUACACAAAUUCACCUAUCGGUUAGAUGGAGACAACGUUCGCUUAGGGCUCAAUAAGGACCUUGGUUUCGAUGAGAAGUCUCGGGUAGAAAAUAUCAGGCGCAUAGGCGAGGUCUCCAAACUAUUCGCGGAUUCUGCUUGCAUCGCGAUCACAGCUUUUAUAUCGCCCUACAGAACAGAUCGACAAGUAGCCCGCGAACUUCAUGAGAAAGGAGGCCUCGGGUUCAUUGAAGUGUUUGUUGAUGCCCCUCUCAGUGUAGUUGAACAGCGUGAUCCGAAAGGGCUCUAUAAAGCAGCUCGUGCAGGAACAAUAAAGGACUUCACUGGCAUAUCUGCACCGUACGAAGCUCCCGAGAAACCUGAUAUACACAUCAAGACAGACGAAUGUGGUGUAACUAAAGCAGUCGAGGUCAUCAUUGAAUACCUCACCAAGCAUAAUUAUAUUUCGUAG